AUGUCGCUCCAGGAUCUCAUCCCGGUGGUCAAUAAACUCCAGGAUAUCGUCACGUCCACACAGUUGGCCGACAUCGAUCUUCCUGUUUUGGCCGUGGUCGGCUCCCAAUCAUGCGGUAAGCUGUCUGUGUUGGAGAACAUCGUGGGCAAGGAUUUUCUUCCUAGAGGCACGGGAAUCGUGACCAGACGGCCGUUGGUUUUGCAGUUGAUCCACGUGAACAAGGACGAUCCGGCGGUUUUGGAGUAUCAGCCCCUGGACGUGCCUGCCACCUCGUCGGAGGUGAGUUUGGAGGAACACUUGAGACGCUCCAACGGGAGCACCAGAUCCCACAGCAACGAGCCUCCUUCCGAGUGGGGCGAGUUUCUCCACAUCCCCAACAAGCGCUUCUACGAUUUCAACGACAUCCGCAAGGAGAUCGAGUCCGAGACGUUGCGGAUCGCCGGCCAAAACAAGGGCAUCUCCCGCUUGCCCAUAAACCUCAAAGUCUACUCCCACAAGGUGCUCAACUUGACGUUGGUGGACUUGCCGGGCCUUACGAAGAUCCCUAUCGGCGAUCAGCCCACCGACAUCGAGAGACAGACCCGCUCGUUGAUCUUGGAAUACAUCCAGAAACCCAACUCCAUCAUUUUGGCUGUUUCGCCCGCCAACGUCGACUUGGUCAACUCGGAGUCGCUCAAGUUGGCUCGCCAGGUCGACCCUACGGGUAAGCGUACCGUGGGCGUGUUGUCCAAGCUUGAUUUGAUGGACCAGGGCACAAACGCCUUGGACAUCUUGAAGGGCAACGUUUACCCGCUCAAGCUCGGGUUUAUUGGUGUGGUGAACCGUUCUCAGCAAGAUAUCCAGGACAACAAGCUGCUCGACGAUUCGUUGCAGUCAGAACAGCAAUUCUUCGCUAACCACCCGGCCUACCGCUCGUUCGCUAGCAAGUGCGGUACCCGCUACCUCUCAUUGACCUUGAACAAGAUCUUGAUGAACCACAUUCGCGAUCGUCUUCCCGACAUCAAGGCCAAAUUGAACACUUUGAUGGGUCAAACAGAGCAGGAGUUGGCUUCGUACGGCGACUACCCCUCCUUGGUCGACUCCAAGGAAGGCCGUGCAGCUUUGCUCCUCAACUUGAUGACAAAGUUCGCCAACAGCGUGGUCAACUCGGUCGAGGGAACCUCAUUUGAUGAUGUUUCCAUCAAGGAGUUGUGUGGUGGUGCUCGUAUUUAUUACAUCUACAACGAGGUGUUUGGCUCCUCCUUGGCGGCCAUCAACCCCACGCAAAACUUGUCGGUCAAGGACAUCCGCACGGCCAUUCGCAACUCGCUGGGCCCUCGUCCAUCGUUGUUCGUCCCAGAGUUGGCGUUUGACUUGCUCGUUAAACCUCAAAUAAAGCUUUUAGAAGAACCCUCCCGCAGAUGUGUGGAGCUCGUCUACGAGGAAUUGAUGAAAAUCGUGCACCUGAUAUGCAAUGCCGGAAGCAAUCUUGAUAUGACCAGAUACCCCAAGUUACAGGCUAAGCUCAUGGAGACCGUCAGCGACUUGUUGCGCGAGAGAUUGGGCCCUACCAUCAAGUACGUGGAGUCCAUGAUCGAAAUUCAGCAGGCCUACAUCAACACCAACCACCCCAACUUUGUUGGUGCUGCCAAAGCUAUGGCCACCGUGGUCGAGGAGAGACGCAGACAACGUGAGACGGAGCUGCAAUCACGCAUGAGGAUCGCCACCCUGAAGAUCUUGAGCAAGCACAAGGAGACGGAAGAUUCCGAUGAUACCGAGACGGAGCUUCCUAACGGCCACUUAGACUCGAAGGACAUUGACAUUGACCAGGUGGACGACGAAAUAAAACCACCAGUUGUCCACAAGCACAAGAGAAGCGACUCUACAAGAACACUGCACACUCAUAAGUCGGACCUCGCCAGCCACGGUCACGAGUCGUACUUCAACUACUUCUUCGGUAAGGACCCCAUCAUGCAUCAACAGCACUUGCAAGCGCAAGCUCAAUUGAACCCUACUCCGUUCAAGUUCCCACUGCCACAGGAACCAACUUUGCAGUUCAACAAUAACUUCAUCAAUAACGGCGGUAACGUCCACGCCGAUGUGAAGAGCCUCAGUCUAGAGGACCGUGCUCCUUCUCAGAGCCCAGUCUCGGAGCAAGAGAACGGACAUGUGCCACACCUUGAGCAUGGAGAGGAGUCCAGUCUCAAUGAGCUCAAUGAGCGUGAGCAGCUAGAAUGCGAGUUGAUCAGACGGUUGAUUGUGUCGUACUUUGGCAUUGUGCGUGAGAUUGUCCAGGACCAGGUGCCCAAGUCGAUCAUGUGUCUUCUUGUCAACUACAUUAAGACACACAUCCAGAACAGGCUUGUGGUGAAGUUGUACAACGAGAAGUACUUUGACGAAUUGCUCCAGGAGGAUGAGCUGAUCCAGAUGGAGAGGGAGAAGUGUAUCAACUUGUUGAAGACCUACAGAGAGGCAUCGAAGGUGAUCAGCGAUGUUGUGUAA